AUAACAAAGAUAGGAAGAUAAACUGCUAAUGAUAAUACUCUACGUGGAUGAAAAUUCUAUAUGUAUAGCCCUCCAUCCUCUUGUCAUUGCCAACAUGGACCAGUUUGGAUUUCAAGUCACGGAAGCACCAGAGUCAAAGCCUUCAGCUGGGGAGUCUCCAGUUACCCUUUUGAUUAAGCACCUUCCUGAAGCUAUAUCUCAUGAAACCCUUUCUCGACUCUUAUCCCACUUUGGUGCUUCCUCUAUUCGUCCUUGCUCUAGUGGAAGGUUGAGAAACUGUGCUUUUGUGGAUUUUAAAAAUGAUAUGCUAGCUUCUCAAGCACAUCGUCAACUAAAUGGGUUGAGAUUUCUCAGUAAAGUCUUGUCAGUAGAGAGAGCUAGUAACCCAAUUGAGAACAGCAAAAAAAGCAGUGGAUCUCAGCUGGGGAAGGAUUCUAAAUCAUCAGUGGUGAAAAAUGCUACUGUCAGCAAAUCUCUUAAUGAUAAUUCUAAAUCAGGAGCCCCUCCUUCUGAACCAAUUGCUGCAAGACUGGGUGUUGACUACCCAUUUCCUCCUCACCUUGAGUAUGCCUACCCACCACCUGAUGGGAAUAUACUGACAAACAUUGUAAAUGCACUCAUUGCUGUUCCCCGCUUUUACACUCAGGUGCUACACCUAAUGAACAAAAUGAAUAUUCCGGCUCCAUUUCGUAUGGCACUGCCCACUCCACCUUUACCUGCACAAGUACCAGCGCCUCCACCUCCACCACCUCCUCCCCCAUCUAUAACCAUGAAACCUCAAACUGCGGAUCUCUCUAGCAGUGAAUCGGAGAUGGAAUCUUCAGAUGAUGAGGUUGAUGGGAAAAUGGGUUCUAUUGGUCUGGCAAGAGCGGCAAAGUCUGGACAAAAGCGUGCUAGACAUGAAACCAUUAUUGGCCCUGCCAUUGAUAAAGAUGUGGCUCAUGAAGCUGUUGGAGUAAAACCGGCCACGUUGGUUCCUAAAGAAAUUCCAAUGAUUAAAAAGAGGAACCCUGUCUUACAGAUUAAAAUUGCUCCUAAAGCAGUUCAAAGUGAACAUAAAGAUGACAACACAACGGAAGAGUUAAUGGAGCCAGAAAAAGAGACUUUAGGCCCCAAAGAGUUUCUGACUCCGGAAGAAUUAAAGAGUGGAAAAUUACCUCCAGAGGAAAUUUUAUCUCUUCCAAUGUUUAAGAACUAUACGGCUGGAAAUCCAGCUCCUGUGUUGUAUAUAAAAAAUUUGGCCAAAGAUGUGAUUGCUGAUGAUUUCUAUUUCAUAUUUGGGUCCUUGUUCGGAAGUACUGAGGCUGCAAGGUCUACUCUUCAGGUCAAGCUUAUGCAGGAAGGAAGGAUGAGAGGUCAAGCAUUUUUAACAUUCCCAUCUAUUGAAUUGGCUCAGCAUGCUUUGAAUUUAGUGAAUGGGUAUGUAUUCAAAGGAAAGCCAAUGAUCAUUCAGUUUGGUCGCAAUACUGCCGCCGCCAAAGGAACAUAAAUCCGUGGCCAAUAAGAGUAAAGACUGCUGCAUGACGGUCAGUUGCUUGACGCUUAGUAUUGGUAGCAUGAUAGCAGAUGGCUAAUGCUCCUCAUUGACUGGGAGGGGAUCGUUCUCUCGAUCACAGGUGCCCUAACAUUCAGGAAGGUAGUUGUGGCCUGUGUUCAUCCUUUGUUUUUAAUCAAACAUGCAAGGAUCAUUCUUGAUGCGGGCUUUGGGCUUGCUGGAGUAAGAUGUUGGAAUGUAUAACUACUUUUUGCGCGUGAUGGACCUAGGGACUGCACCUGGUGCGAGGGCUCCAUGACAUGCAGUACGGUUCUUUCAGAGGUCAUUUCCGCAUAAUUUCCUUGCAGCGGCUGCGGCAAGGCCAUCCCUCCUAGUGCAUGCAGAUGGUUGAUCAGGGAUUUGAUCAAAUAAACAGUACAAAAAGUCAACGGACUUGUAAUCAUUUUAAUCAUUAAAAGAUAGUUAUGCAUAAUAUUCUGGUAUCUCGUGAUCUGUUGGUGUUGAGAAAGGAUGGAAAGGGCAAACUAAGGUUUCAGGGUAUGCUGUAUGUGCUAUGCGAUUGCACUUCUGUUGUUACCUAGGAAAUGUAAGUCAUUUUUGAGAAAUAUCGUCAACUCAGUUUCGUAUUUAUAUUCGAUUUUGAUUAGUCUUAA